AUGCCUCAAGCCCAGCCCGAGUUGAAGAAGUACAUGGAAAAGCGGGUAUUCUGCCAACUGAACGGCAACCGCAAAGUCAUUGGUAUCCUGCGAGGCUAUGAUGUGUUCAUGAACAUCGUCCUUGAUGAGGCUUUCGAGGAGAAGCAGGGUGGAGAGAAGGUCGCUAUCGGAAUGAUUGUCAUUCGCGGUAACUCGGUUGUUAUGCUCGAGGCCUUGGAACGUAUCAGCGACAAAUAA